UUUCCGUUUAUGCGUUUCUGAAUAUUUAUUACUUCCGUUUAUACUUUCUCCCUUUUCCCUGUAAUUUCUCAUCAAAACACACAACUAAAAGGGCAACGAAUUGCCUUCGCCCAAAAAAGUAAAACGACGCAUGCAAGGCAUGUGGAUAGUAUGCGCAAAAUCGGGCUUUGCAUGUGCGGCGAUUUCAAACCAUAUGACUGCGGCAAUCAGCAGUGACAACAACAACAACAAAGAGGAACGCGAAAACAACACAUGUCGAGGCAAUGCCAAACAGCGUCAUUGGAAGCAAUAGCAACAAUUGCUUGCUUAGAGCGAUUCAUUUCGGCCACAUAAACCACUCCUUUUCGUAAAACUACACCUCGUGUGGGGAGAGGGGCCACGGUAGCUUUCAGUUCAUUUUCAUAAGUCGCCGUAUUAAACUCAGCCUUCCAGCCAGGCUGCGAUUGUUGAAAUUGCUAAAAGUCAACUUGGCAAAGGGACCAGUCGUGUUCGUACCGUCGUCGAGUCGUGUUGUUAAUCGUGCAUUAGCGGACGCGUCGUUGCGAAGCGAAAAUCCAAGAAAAAAAUUCAAGAAAAGUGAUGAGCAAAAGAAGAAAUUGUGAUUUACCAGAAAAUCGUCAAAUCUUAAGCCAAUUGCAUUAAAAUUUGAAAAGUAAUUAAUAAAUCAGUAAACAUUUACAAAAGUCGUGUGAAAAAUUCAAAUCUGUGAAAGAAUAGUUGGAAAAUUACGUUUUACCUUCACUUUCUAUCCACGUCCUCACAGAAAACUCAAUUCUGCCCACACACACAUACACAUACAUAGAAAUACGCAAGAGCUUAUCUGCAUACAGACUACUUCAAAAUUGUAUACGUAAACGAAUUAUUUAGAAGUGUAUGUAAGCGUCGCACACACACACCUACAUACAUACAUGUACUAAUUGAAAGCGAAACAUUACAAACACAUAAAAGUGAUUUAAUUUAAUAUCACUGUACACACUGUUGUUGUUGCUGUCCAUCCACGUGUAAGUCGACGUUAUAAUACCCGAAAACAUUGUUGCCGUCGGUUAACUACCCACAUACAUACAUAUAUAUACAUACAAACGUCUAUGAAUUUGUGUCUCUACAACUACCACACAAAGUGAAUUGGUGUGAAGAAAGCGUAUAAAGAAAAAACAAUCAGCAAAUAAACUACGCACAUUCUCCUUUAGCGACGCGUACUCAGCCAUAACGGUUUUCGUGCGCCUCUUUAACGCCAUCUACGCAAUAAAAUAAGCACUUUGAAGUCUAAACGCCGUCAAGGAAGACUUGCUUACAAGUCGCUCAAAAGCAAAGGAACGCGAAAAACGUAAUAAUAUAUACGGCGCCACAUUUGCCGCAUCAAUCGGCGCCAACCCAACCACCAACUCACGCCCUCAUAGCGAAGUGAUACGCUUCCUCUUCAUUAUCUCCUCAAUAGCCGGAAAUAUUGCGAACAUAUAUACAGUGUGUUUCUUGCAAGCAUUUCUGUUUGUUUGUGUAACGCAUCGUCAUCGCUUUGAUAAACCAACAGCAAUUUUGUGUCUGGUGAUUUGGUUGAAAUAAGUUUUCGUGCUAUAAAGUAAAAACCUUCCUUAUGAUCGGAUCAUUUUGGAAUUUGUGUAGAGCGUGCCCAUCAAUGCCGGUCGACAAGGUGAGUCAGCUCCAUUCGGAGUAUCGGAGCACUUAUCGCUGGCAUGAGUUCACAGGCAAUUCGCGGCCAGAAGUGGUGCGUCGUGCGCCAGCACCUAAUCCAAGUCAAUUCAUCGCCUCAUUAACAGGUCCAACGAAUGAGCCACCAUUACCUAGGCGGAAAAAAUGUCCAGAAUUGGCAUACAAGUCGCACGAAUUUAUUAUCGGUUCGGAGUAUACAGAUGCGAGAGGUGGACAUGCUGGUGCCAAUCGAUCAGCCAGGUCUGAGGAGCGUGGUACGCCAUCACGUCGCAGCAAAUCUGAGGGACCACCAGCUGUGCCCAACGGACGUGCGUAUGCCAUACCGGAGGAGGUUGAUGGACCGGCUAAAAAACAGGCGGGUGAGUCAAGUGGCUUAUUCAAAAAGACCAUCUCAAAAUUGAGCACAGAAUAUCGUUUGCAAUUCGUUUGGCCCAAUGUCCGACGAAUAAAGGGCAUUGAGGCCGGCGAUGCGGCGGAUCACCCCAGAAAAUCUAUAUCAAUGGGGGCGCUCAAAGCUAACCAACAACAACAGCAACAGCAGCAUCUCAGGCAACACCCACAACCGGCAAUGCCAACAGUUCAUAAAAAACGUACAACAAAUCAGAAAGAAGCUACACUACAUGAGUUGGAGCCGCUGGUUAGCGAUGCCGAAGAAAGCAAACCGCAAGAAAAACAAGUGACCAUUGUGGAGAAGGUCGAACGGAAAACAACAAUACGACCAUUCUCGCAAACAUUCGACCAAGAACGCACCAAUCACUUCAUAACCAAGAAGGAGAAUUUCGGCUUUGACGAGAUGAAGCGCGGCGACACUGUGGACAAUAAGCAGCAGCCGCAGCAGCUGGAACAGGAAGUGCUGUUGAAUGGCACAGCACCGCCACGUUCGCAACCGAAUUUGGAUUUGUGGUUCAAGGAAGUAGUUGAAUUGCGAAAGAAGGCCGGCGAGUACAAGUGCCGCGGUUGGGGUAUAGAAAUCGAUCCGGAGCUGUACAAGAAGCAAAAGGAUCUUUGGGAGCAGGUUUCCAAGCGCAGUUCACUGUCUGCCUUAUCAUUAGCAUCUUCCGUGCAUAGACCUAUUACUAAGGAGGAGAAGGAACAGGAGAAUAAUAAAAAAUCCAUACCAUUAAGUAAAGCCACACAAAAAACUCGAGUUCCUGGCCAAGCCCAUUUGCUUGAUAAUAAAGAUGAGAUUUCCGCACUGCCAGCUCGCUUUAGCAAUAUACGUCAUCAUUUGGAGCGCACCACUGGUCCUGAUGUUGAGGAGGGCGCACUCUUGCCAUCGCCCACACGCGAAAAGCUAAUGCCGGCAAUCACCAAACGUGAGUCCGAAUCACAACGUGGCAGCCCCAAGAAGACGGCUGCCUCACGGCAUGGCUCACCGCAAAAGGGCAGUCCACAGAAGGGCAGUCCCAAGAAGGUGAUCAAAACGCGUUCACAAUCCGUUGGUCCGGCCGAGCAUGUCUCGCCGAAACGUCAACUACGCUCGGCCAGUACAGCGCCCAGCGCCCGGCUAACGGCUGGCAAGAAGACACCCGUUGUACCUCAUCAUGCGACAAGCGCUGGAACGGCCGCAAGCGGAACUGGCGCCGUCGAACGUAAGCCACGCCCAUCCACCCUAUCCACCACACUCCAUUCACGUACGAAGAGUAGUUCCCUACCACCGCCUAGCGGCAGAGCACACUCAGUCUCUGCUGCUGCAGCUACCACUACUACAACUACCACAACAGCCGCAAAACAGUCGCAUCCAAAUUAUCUACAACAAACAGCGAAAUCUACACACGAACCCAAUAGACAUCCGAAGUCGAAUCCGCUUUGCAAAAACUUUACACAAACUGCAUACGGAAUGCCGUUAUUGCGCAAGAAAGAUAAAGACAAGACAAAUUUGAUAAAUCUUGGCACUGGUAAAGCCAGCGAUGGUCGUACAGUCAAAGCGCGCCCAAAGUCCACGGGCGCUGCGAUGAAUGUGACAGCAAGUAGUGGUGGAAAGCCCGCAAGACCGAUUUCGCUCACAGAGGCCACACUAUUGCCAACCAAGGCAACAACAGCUACGACUGUGAAGGCGACAGCGGCUAAGUUUGCUACUGAGGCGGCGAGAACUGAACUGCCAACAAAACCAUUAGUAAAGGAGUUGAAAAGCGGUGUGGAAAACAAAACAGCAACAACAAUAACAAAAGAUCAAGUUAUUUCCGUAGAGACACAACCAAAACCCAAAGAAACGGCACUGCCAUCUAAAGCGAUAGAUCCUAUGAUGGCAAGUGUGUUCGGCGCAUUACCAGAUCUUAGUAAAGAUACCUCCAAUCUCAUGACCACGAGCGUAUAUGGCCAAUUAGGUGGCAGUCGUGUCACUGCCGAUCCGAUGUUGACUAGUGUAUUUGGUCAACUGCCAGCUGGUGAGGUUGCCGCCGAUGGCGCUGCUCUGAACAUUGCCGUUGGUGGUAGUGGCUGCGGUGGUGGUGAUGAUGUUGGUGUUGGUAUGGUUGUUGGUGCUGGUGGUGGUGGUGGUGUUGAUGUCGCAGCGCUCAAAACCGUUGAGCCAGUAAUGGCUAAAAAUCUCACCUUGACUGGCUUAACGGUACCAUACACGCGGGAUCAUAAAAAAUCCGGUGAAAACGAUGCCGAAGAUGGACGUGAUACGGCUAUUUCGGUGUCCAGUUGCAGUCCACAGCCAGCGCCUGAAAUACCUGAUGAGCCUAUUGUUAAAUCGCCACCAGAGCCUACACGCGUCAAAUCACCAGAGCAGAUAUUGAUGCGCUCACCGGAUCCGGUAAAUUGGACCGUACCGUUGGAUACAGGGAAAACAUUCACUGUCACGCAGAAUGUGAAGGAGGGUGAAAACUAUAGUCGGCCACAGAGCGAAAUAAAAGCUUCGACUCCGGUCGAGAAGCCACCACCACCACCACAAUCGGCACCGCCACAACUAACCGAACAGGCUAAAAUGGACGGUAAGCCUUAAAGUCGCUUCUUCACAACAAAUAAAGAAAAAUUUCAAAAACGCUAACAAACUUAAGUAAUACAAAAAAAUAUAUAUAAAAAUCUCUCUCUAUAUAUACAUAUAUAUAUUUACUAUAUAUUUAUGAUAUAUAACGUAUCGAGUAAGAAAUCCAUAUCAAACUCAGACCAGCUUCUUAACGUAUUCGUAUUAUUCGCUACUCAUCAUUACAUUGCGCCAAUAG